GCGCUUCAUCUGCUUUUAAACAAAGUGCAUUGUGAAAAUUUGAAAACGACUGAAAAAUAUCCUGCCUAAAAGCAGCAUGCAUGCUGGCUGUCCAUGUGCUUUGAUGCAAAAUGCAGUGCAGUAUUAAACACCCAUCUGUGUGCAAUGACGGUGAAGUGUACUGUAUUGACGCCCGUUAUUACGGUAACAUCAGCCACUUUAUACACCACCUGUGUGACCCCAACAUCAUCCCGGUGCCUGUGUUCAUGCUGCACCAGGACCUGCGCUUCCCUCGCAUCGCCUUCUUCAGCUCCAGAGACAUUUUCACCGGACAGGAGCUCGGGUUUGAUUACGGCGAUCGUUUCUGGGACAUCAAGAGCAAGUCCUUCACCUGUCAGUGCGGCUCAGAGAAAUGCAAACACUCGGCGAAGACCAUCGCACUGGAGCAGAGCAGACUGGCCCGUCUGGACGUCUGUCCCGAAACGGCUGGAGAAGACAGUCUCCCUGUGUUAGGACACUCGUGAUGGGACAGCUCUCAAACAUGUGCUUACCUACAGGUGUUUGCAGCUUUGCAUUUCUUCCAUCUGACAGGACACAGGAAACUAUGAGAUGACACAACGGCCUGAAGUUCACCGCCAGGAUGUGACAUUCAGAUUCAAGGCUGUCAUGUUACAAAAUUGUUACAAAACCUGUGUUUUUAUGCAAACUGCCAUCAGAUCUCAAACAGAUCACAAACUUUUUUUGUACUGUAUGUGUACUUGUUUUAAUAAAUACUGUUUGAUACAGAAA